AUGCACAGUCUCACCAAGGUGAUCCUGCUCGGCCUCGCACAGGCGCUUGCAGUAUUAUCCCAACAGCCUUCGCCUUUAUCCGUCGCGCUUCCCAACCCUACAGUCUGCGGGGAUAUUGUCAAGCAUACAGGCACCCCAGUGUUCGACUCGUCGUUCGUCUUAGCGUGUCUGACGAGCGUCCCCUUCAACGCGGCGGUCGGCAGUCGUCUUAUCAGAUAUCUCAAUGAUACGCUUCAAUUUUAUAGCACCCUGGCCUACUUGGCUGACCCACCUGCGGGCUAUCAGCAGCCGGCCGUUGACUUGGUGGCUGGACUAGUUGAGCUUCAGCACACUAUUGACGGUGGGGGUUUCGAGAAUGAAUAUGACUUUGAGAAUGCGAUCCAGCGCCUGCUGCAAGCCGCCCACGAUGACCAUCUCGCCUUGGUCGGCGGCGUUCUCUCUCCAUUUGCGUUUGGGUCUCCGUAUGCCAUUGCCUCUGUAUCGCUGGAUGGCAGAGAACUACCAAAGGUCUAUGUGGCAGCUGACCUCUUCGCCAACCAAACAAACAAUCUUGCCUGGGCGGUAUCGCCUAUUUCGACCAUAAAUGGACAAGAUGUUGUUGACUUCCUGACCGAGUUUGCGGCUGCCAACUCUGUUGGCAAACUCGAGCCACAUGCGGACUGGAAUAUGCUAAUGCAGAGCGGCGCAUUGGAUGUGCAGGGAUACUUCGAGGUGUUCUAUGGAGCCGCCACAUUCUAUCCCGGGAAUACUCUCAUACUUGGCUUUGAGAAUGGAUCAUACACAGAACCCCAAACAUGGGACGGCCUUUACUACAGCCCCGGGGACACAGGCCCGCUGGAAACUGGGGGUGAUUUCUACAACUUUUUUAUGUUGGGCCUUUACCCCGAGUCCUACGUGGCCAACGCCUCUACAGAGGUUGAUGACUUGGUUCAGUCGGAUGACGCGCCAUGCCCGACCGCAAUUCCAGAGCCUGGAGAAUUACUUGGGGCCUACCCAGCGGCUGCUGGUGUUGUACCGGCCGCAUCGUGUACCAACGAUCAAGGGUCUGUGAGGGGGUAUUUUCUGAAUGAGUCAUCGUUGGCUGUCCUGAGUAUCCCUGCCUUUGUCUCAUACGGGGAGGAGGGCACGAGAUUCCCGGACACUGUGCGUGACUUUCUUCGGCGCAGUCGCAGGGCAGGGCUGCGCAAGGUGGUGAUUGAUCUUCAGCAAAAUAGCGGUGGCCAGUCUUUACUAGCCAUUGAUAUAUUUAAGUUGUUCUUCCCCGCCGUCGACCCCUUUGCUGCGAGCCGGAGACGCGCCAGCCCUUGGGCGGACGUACUAGGCUCUGCAUUCACAGAGUACUGGCAACACCUUGGAGACGAUGAGACCCUCUGGUACACGCUCCUGACCAACGAGUGGGUAGCAGCGAGCCGUCUGGAUGCCGAGAGCGGAGAGUAUUACAACUCAUGGGAGGAGUACUUUGGCCCAGCAGGGACUUACAACGGUGAUGCCUUUACAAACCUAGAACGUUAUAACCUCUCAGACAACAUAUUCAGCGAAGAGGCCGCUGGAAUUGACAUCGACGACUCCUCCAGCAGCCCUGAAUUAUACGACGCGCAAGACAUCAUAAUGCUUACAGACGGCCUCUGCUCCUCGUCCUGUGCCCUCUUCAUAGAGAUGAUGCAUCAGACCGGCGUGCGGACUGUCGUCGCAGGCGGGCAGCCCCACUACGGUCCGAUGCAGGGCGCUGCAGGCACGCGCGGAGCGGCCGCAUAUACCGCACAGCAGCUGGACGAGGACAUCGAGGGCACGCAGUACAUCCGCAACGUAUCCACGCCGGGGGAAGUGGGCCUCCCCGACCGCUCCUUGGGGCUUUACCUCCCCUUCCUUGGCGUCAAUCUGCGCGACCAGAUCCACGAGCACGACCCCGAACAUGUUCCCCUCCAGUUCCAGUACCAGCCGGCCGAAUGCCGCAUCUUCUACACACCCAAGACUUGGUACAACUACACUGCACUAUGGAUCCAUGCAGCUGACGCUAUCUGGUCUUCACCAGGGCUGUGCAUAGCCAAUUCGACCUCAGAUAAACCCCUUCGUCCUCCCCUCCCCCUCCCGCUCCGACCCCAACGCCUCAAGCCCAGCUACCGGCGACACCCAGCAACAUCCAAUCAGCAUCCAACAACACCCCCAACGAUCCCUCCAACGACAUAUUUGCCUCGACGCCAAGAUUGA